GGCUCCGCUGCCCGCAGGCCGUCACCGCGGCGGGGGCGGCGCCGCGCUCCGCAGGGACCCGCGGGGACGCGGCGCCCCGAGGAACCGCCGCCGCCUCGGCUCCGUUCCAGCCAGUGGUUAAAUGGAAGCCGCUCCUGGGAUCUGGAUGGUUUUUACUGACACAAACUUGGCAUAGCAGCUCCAUCACAUCAGGAGGUUGCAAUGAGUGGAGGUGGGGAACAGCCUGACAUCCUCACUGUGGGAAUCUUGGUCAAAGAAAGAUGGAAGGUGCUAAGGAAAAUAGGAGGUGGAGGAUUUGGAGAAAUUUACGAUGCGUUGGACUUGCUUACUCGGGAGAAUGUGGCGCUGAAGGUCGAAUCAGCUCAGCAGCCAAAGCAAGUGCUGAAAAUGGAAGUAGCUGUGUUGAAGAAAUUGCAAGGAAAGGAUCAUGUCUGUAGAUUCAUUGGAUGUGGAAGGAAUGACAGAUUUAACUAUGUGGUCAUGCAGUUGCAGGGUCGAAAUCUGGCAGACCUGCGUCGGAGCCAGUCUCGGGGAACAUUCACUAUUAGUACCACUCUGCGGCUUGGGAGGCAGAUUUUGGAAUCUAUUGAAAGUAUUCACUCUGUAGGAUUCCUGCACAGGGACAUAAAACCGUCUAACUUUGCAAUGGGACGUUUUCCUAGCACCUGUAGGAAGUGUUAUAUGCUGGAUUUUGGCUUGGCACGACAAUUUACCAACUCAUGUGGGGAUGUCCGACCACCACGAGCUGUUGCUGGUUUUCGGGGAACAGUACGAUAUGCAUCAAUCAAUGCUCAUAGAAACAGAGAAAUGGGUCGACAUGAUGAUCUCUGGUCCCUGUUUUACAUGUUGGUGGAGUUUGUGGUUGGGCAACUACCUUGGAGAAAAAUAAAAGAUAAGGAGCAAGUGGGAUCCAUUAAAGAGAGGUAUGAGCACAGACUUAUGUUGAAACACCUUCCUCAAGAAUUCAACAUCUUUCUGGAUCACAUUUCUAAUUUAGAUUACUUUACAAAACCUGAUUACCAGCUUCUCAUGUCUGUGUUUGAUAACAGCAUGAAAACCUUUGGGGUUAUUGAAAGUGAUCCUUUUGACUGGGAGAAAAGUGGAACUGAUGGCUCUCUGACAACGACUACAACUUCAACCACACCUCAGUUACACACUCGUCUUACUCCAGCUGCAAUUGGAAUUGCCAAUGCCACUCCUAUCCCAGGAGAUUUGCUGCGGGAAAACACAGAUGAAGUAUUUCCUGAUGAACAGCUCAGUGAUGGAGAGAAUGGUAUUCCAGUUGGUGUCUCACCAGAGAAGCUGCCUGGGUCUCCUGGGCAUCAGCGUUCUCAGGAAAAAGACGUUUGGGAAGAAAUGGAUGCAAACAGAAACAAAAUAAAACUAGGGAUUUGUAAGGCUGCCACAGAAGAGGAAAACAGCCAGGGACCUGUGAAUGGAAUGCUUAAUGCUCCAAGUCUAGGUUCUCCAGUUCGUGUGCGCUCAGAGACCACCCAGCUGGACAGAGAUGUCCCACUGGUUCGAAAGCUGCGUUCAAUUCACAGCUUUGAACUUGAGAAGCGUCUGACAUUGGAGUCAAAGCCAGACACCGAUAAGUUUCUUGAGAACUGUUUGGAGAAGAGGCAGAAAGACUUGAAUGCUGCAGCAGAGACUGCAGUUGCUGCUGUUCCUCUUCCUCAGAAAUCACUCAUUCCUGCUCCUGUGGCUGCCCGCAUGGACCAUGUUUGGCACUAUGAUGAAGAAUAUCUUCCAGAUGCUUCAAAACCUGUGUCAGCUGGUUCUCCAGAACAAGUUGAUGGUGUUGUUGGCAAUGGAUUUGUAGCUGUCAACUUAAGCUCCUGCAGGCAGGAGAUUGAUUCUAAGGAAUGGGUGAUAAUAGAUAAGGAACGGGACUUGCAGGAUUUCAGGACAAAUGAAGUUUUAGGGCACAAAACGACUGGAAGUCCCUCAGAUGAAGAGCCGGAGGUACUACAAGUUCUAGAGGAGUCCCCUCCAGAAGAGCAGCCCAGACAAGGAGGCUGGGCAGGAAACAGUGUCCAUGCCAAGAAUCAAACGUCAGGGGUGGAGUUUCUUCUAGCCAUGGAAAGUCAUCCUGCUUCUUCUGAACAGCUUACAGACAAAUUGGAACUCCUGACAGGAGCUGCUGGACAGCUCCUUGCAGCCACCCCUACAAGCCCUAUGGAAGCUCAAGCAGAAGGAGCACUCACUCCGCUCAACUCAUCUCAUAUGCUGCAUUUCUCCACUCCAAGAAUUUCAAGUCCCAUCCUCCGCACCAUGAGCCCUAUAGCCUAUCUGUCCAUCCACCCGGACCCUCUGAAAGAGGCUGGUUUACCAAGGAGUCAAUCAGCUGAGAGCCACUCCUCUUCUUCCCGCUCAACUGGUCGUAGGCAGCUUCCUGUCAUUCCCUGUGGCAACAAGUUUCCCCCUGUCAUUCGCAUCUCAAAAGCACAACUUCAGCAGGUAACGAUACCCAGGCCUUCUGUAGCAUCCACACAGUCUGCUUCAGAGAGCUUUCAUUAUGGCCACCAGCUAGAGAAAAGAGAGCGGGAUGCACAGUCUAUGGAACAAACAGUGGAACUUUUAUCUCCAAGGGAAACUUUGCCAUGUUUGGUUGUGACAGGAGAUACCACAGUUAGUGGCAGCAGACCAGAUAUGGUACUUCAUAUCAGCCAAGAAGUGCUUGAAAGGGAAGAACAUGUCAAAGAACGUGCCAGUGUCCUGAGCAGUGGCCAAAAGGACCUACUUGAAAACCGCAAUGGGAGACAGGAAGAGAAGGAUCUUGAAAAGCUUCCUGUAGAGACUGAGGAAGAACUACUUCCAGUGGUUUCUGAGGAUGCUAUUGUAAUGCUGAGCAAAGAACAGAAUUCUUUGCCAGGAAGUUCGAAAUCUGCAGAUGAAGAACCUCUAACUAACACUGAUGCUGCUGAAGAAUCAAAGCCAAGGCCUGUCUGCUUGGUGCCAAAUCAAGAUGAGCUGCUGAAGUCAACAGCACCUGAAACACCAGAAUUUUCUCCAUCAAGGCGUAUCAACUCACAUGCUAAUAGACAAGCAAGCAAAAUAGCACCAGUUCAGGAAAAUGGUUUUCAUUCUAAUAAGGAAGAAGUCCAUGUCCAGGACUUGCAGUGCCACCAAGUGGCUCUUACUACUUUUUUGCAUCAGGAGGACAAAAAGGAGAAAAAUGCUCCCAGAAAUGGAGAGUUAUUCCACUGCAUUUCAGCAAAUGAGAAUUCUCAUCGAUCUAAGAAGGACUUAGUUAAAUCUCCUUUUGUAUUCAGGCAGAGCCGAAUCCCGGUUUUAGCACAAGAGAUAGACUCAACAUCAGAAUCCUCUUCUCCUGUUUCAGCAAAGGAAAAGCUUCUUUUAAAAAAGGCCCAUCAGACAGACUUGGUCAGACUACUUGUGGAAAAGAGACAGCUCAAAUCUUUUCUUGGUGACCUCUCAAGUGCCUCUGAUAAGUCACUGGAGGAAAAAAUGGCUGCUGCUCCAGUACCAUUUUCUGAGGAUGAUGUAUUAUCCUCAUUUUCUAAACUGACUCUGGACUCUCAUUUCAGCAAGCAGACGGAAGAUAGUUCUUUAUCUCCAAGCAGCCCUCAGUCCAGAAAAAGCAAGAUACCCAGACCAGUGUCCUGGGCCACCACUGAUCAAGUCAAUGGUUCAAGUUCAACUCGUUUCCUUCCUCGGCCACCACCCGGAAGACCACCUACUAGGCCUGGGGUAGAAGCAAGGUUACGCAGAUACAGAGUCCUGGGGAGUAGCAGCUCGGACUCAGAUCUUAUCUCUCGUCUGGCUCAAAUUCUACAGAACGGAUCUCAAAGACCAAGGAGUUCUACACAGUGUAAGAGUCCAGGAUCUCCACAUAGUCCAAAAACACCACCCAAAAGCCCUGUCAACCCCCGACGCAGUCCCAGUGCCUCCCCUAGGAGCUCUUCCUUACCCCGUACUGCUAGUUCUUCCCCAUCGCGGGCGGGAAGAACCCACCAUGAUCAGAGGAGUUCCUCCCCACAUCUUGGGAGGAGUAAAUCACCUCCUAGCCAUUCAGGCUCCUCAUCUUCUAGGAGAUCCUGCCAGCAAGAGCACUGCUUCAACAAACCAAGCAAGAAUGGUCUGAAAGGAUCUGGCAGUUCCUUAUACCAUUCCCCAAACACUAAGACUCCCACAGGGAAGAGCAAAUCAGCUACUAAGCUUAGCAGAUAGGAACUGGGCCUUGACAGGUAUAAAUCCUCCUCUUAAGUCUGAUGCAUGUUGUGUCUGUGUACUGUGUAUUUAAAAAAUUAAUCAAAAAAGUAUAUUUAAAAAAAAAGUGUUGAAUCUGCGCUUUUUAAGAACGUAAGCUUCAUAAACUAUUCAUGAGAAAGCAUACUUUGUAAAUGAGUGGCCAGGCAUUGCCUAAGAGCAAGCAGCAAGCAGAUCUGGGGGGAGGAGGGGUAGAGGACAGGAAAAGAAUGACUAAGGUAGUCAAAGAGGUGCAAUGUGUUUAAAGUAAAAAAAAAAAAAAAUCUCUAAGGUGAGUGUUUUAAAAGGGUAUUUAUUUCUAUGUUUUCAGUUUACUUAGCUAAAAGAUUUGGCCUAAUUAUUUAAGGCUUGUCUCAAGAAUUAUUUAAGGAAUCCAAAACUAUUAUUCCCAAAACAACAUCACCACCUGGGAGAUAAGUGCUGUUCAAGCACGUCUCUACAGUUUUAAAAAAGCACAGUUUAUAAGACAAUGGUAUUUCUACCUUAUGAGUCUCUUUCAUUUUGAGUUUCACACAUCCAAGUCACCUAGUGCUCAUCUUGACCCCUAUCUACUGUAGCACAGAUUUGCUUACGUGAAUUAUCGUGCAUUUUGCCCCUUCUUUACUCUGGUGACAUUUUAAAUGUGAAUAUUAACAGUUUCUAAGAUGUUUUGUAGUGAUAUUCUGUAGAAAUUUGUUUAGUACUAAUUAUGAUCCAAUAAGCUAAUUCUUGGUUCCAUGUCAUAGACUUCUUUGGGAAUCAUAAGGGGUUCUACCUCAUUAGGUAGAAUUUGGAAGAGCAUCCUCAUCUAGGAGAUGAGAGAAAGAAGUCUGCAGUUCACUGAACGUUGCAGAUUUGCAAUGGAUUGCAAUGAAUGUUUGAAAAGGAGUGCCUGAUCUUUCCCUAACCAAAAUGCAAAAAGAAUCCCUGUUACUGCUGGCUUUUGUUUUUUUUCUGUUAGUUAUGGAUCACUGAAAUCACUGAUCUUACAGUAAAGAAUCGAUUAUAACCAAGAUUAUUUUAUUUUAAUAAAAACAUGAAAGAUAAACUCCUCGGGAGGAUUCAGGUGACAGAAAUAUAGCCAAUACCUUACAGAAUCUGAGUAAGAAUCAUUAGAGCAAAAUACAUAGAAAACAAUCUGAGAUAUUUUUGUUAUUGGGUUUUUGUUAUUCUUCCCAAAUCAUUCUUUGAUAGCCAAGCUUUAUUAUCUGCCAGUGAAGUCUACAGUGUCUAAUUCUUCUGAUUUUUUUUUUUUUUAGUAGUUACUUAAUAAUCUCUCGUGCUCUAUAGAAUCUCAGUAGAGAACAUUGUGAUACAGCACUUUUUGCUACAUUCAGAAGAGAAUACUGGCUAAGAAUAGUAACAAGCAAUGAAUGCAAUCCUAAAAAAGAUGCGGCCAGCUCUCCUUGGUUAUAAAUGUUGUGGAGAUACUGGAUGUGUAGGAGACUUGUCAGUUGCUGAUCUGCUUGCUGUAAUCAUAUGCCUCUCCAGCCAGCAUCUGUGCUUUUUUCUAUUUAACCUCUGCCAAAUGAAUACCUUUGGAUUAAAAGGGAAUAUUUUGUCUCUGAGCUAACACAUUCUAAUGCUGCAUUAAAGCUGCCCUGGACCUGCACUGAAUUUCACUUGCUCUGUCAGACUAUGUUGAUUUUUCUUUUUCUUAAUGUUAAUAUGUAUAUUGUUUCUCAUACGUAAUGUAGCACAGUGUAGAAUCUUAAUUUCAUUCAGGUUUCAGUCACUACAGAUGAAUGCAAUAGGUAGGGUAUACCUGCUUUUUCUGAAAAAACUGUACCGUUGGAAAGUCUUAUUCCUUUGUAUUAUAUUGUAUUAUAGGUGCUAUAUCAAUAAUUGCAUGUCCUCAUGGUAAAUUAUAUAAUAUAAAUAUUUAUAUAUACAUAUAUGUACAUGCUUAUAUAAAUUCACUUUCUCAUUUUUCACUUGUAAUUUAUGGACCACACAUAACGCAGUUCCCUCUGUUAGUUCCUGAAUAGUCCUGGCAUUGCAUCUCCUAUUUCCUGGAGAAAAAAAAAAAUCUGGAAUGCACAAAGUCUAACAACCUUUAUACCUUGGGACAAGAUUGAAGGACUACUGAUUUCUCGACCAGCCAACGUUUUGUCUUGCAGCUCUCUGUCUUUUUUUAGAAUUGUGUGCAUUUGCACAUAAACAGGAACAGAAACUGAAAGGUAUUUUCAUUUCUUAUCACAAAUAGGGCUUAUUGAUUAUUCAUUUUUAUUUUAUAAUGUAUAUUCUUAAUUGUUGUGAAUACUCAUGAUAUAGGUACAGUGGUAGUCAAUGAAUAUUUGAUAGAUGAAUGUGACAACAACAAUUCUAUCUUUCCUUCCUGCUUUUCUCAUGGCAUAAAAAAAAAAAA